AUGGUUGAAUUUGGUUUCCUAAAGUGUUGGUGGCUGUCUAAAUAUUGUAUACACCAUAUCACGUAUGCACACAAUAUCUAUGUUUCAGGGGAAGAGUGUCUCAGGAACGAUGAGUGCAAUUCAGGGAAGAUAUGCAUAGCUAAAAAAUGCACAGAUCCUUGUGAUGGAGUGUGUGGACUGAGCACAAUUUGUGUGGUACACGAAGGAGAUCCUUUAUGUUCCUGUAAAACUGGCUACGAAGGAGACCCGUUUACGGAAUGUAAGCCAGUUGAUGCAGAAUGCACGGACGACUCCAUGUGUACAACAGACAAGACCUGUAUUGGUCACAAGUGUGUAGACCCUUGUAUGGAUCAUUGUGGCAUUAAUACUGUGUGUAGAGUGGUCAACCAUCGACCAAUGUGUGCCUGCCUCAAGGGAUUCUCCUACAGUAUAGGCAAAGGCUGCCUUCCUGAGAGGAUCCCGGAAUGUCAGACUCAUUCUCAUUGUCCGGAGGACCGCUCAUGUCGUCUGCAGAAGUGUGUAGAUCCUUGUGAAGACGGAGUGUGUGGCAAUAACACAGAAUGUCACGUCAAGAACCACUACCCUGUGUGUUCAUGUAAAGUUGGGUAUAAAGGAGAUGCCUUCAAUGAAUGUGUGCCUUACAGUGACUGUUCAACUGACAAUAAGGAAAACAUACAAAAACCAAUUAAAGGGAAAAAAACCUUCAUACUUGUCAAUGAAAAGAAAUCAUGGUGGGACGCCUAUUCACACUGCGAAUAUCGAGGAAUGAAUCUGGCGGCAAUCGAAAAUGAUGACGAAUGGAACAAUUUUGCUUCAACCAUCGGUAAUAAAGUUUUGGACGUUAGUGCAUGGAUUGGUGGUAAUGACGAGGGCGAUUAUCCAUAUUUCCAAUGGAGAUCCACUGGACAACCACUUUCAUAUACCCAUUGGAGGGCUGGUUAGCCUAGUGGUUUUUUCCACUGUUUGGCAGCUUCCCGUGAGGGAUUUGCUAACUACGAUUGUAACCAGUUUCGUAGUUUUGUAUGUGAACUAAGUAAAAUCGAUGGCUGAGAAGUUAAUCACUAAAUCUAGAUCAUAGGCACGCAAUUUAAUCGAUGAUUAUCCUGUAAAGUAAAUAUUCCAAGUUGUAUUUAUUUGUAUAUUUUCUCUUAGUUAUUCUUUCUUUUUCUUACCUAUACAGCCAUAGCAAUUUUUUAUCCCUGAUCCCAAUCAAAUAAAGAGAAAUGUCAAAGAAAGUUA